AGGAAUAAAAUCUUAAUAAUUUAACAAUAUCAUACGAAAUCUCCGAUAUCGUAUUCUUUAACUAAAGAAAAAAAAUCUUCAAGAAAAUCUUACUUUGUAUAUAAGUAAUGCUAAUCGACUUUCAUUACAUAUAUUCAUGAAUGAAGAGGAUCCAACAUUUUUUCACGGAAUAGCUAUUUUAUGUCCAACAAAUGAGGAUGUCAACUCAGACAAUGAACGAAUGCUAUCAAUGUUGAAUGGUGAUGAAAGAGUAUAUUUAAGCUCAGAUAGUAUUGAUCCUUCCGACAAGAGUUCUACAAAUAAUCCAGUUUACUAUCCAGAUUUUUUGAAUGGUAUAAAAGUUUCUGGGUUGCCUAACCAUUGUUUGCGACUAAAAAUAGGUUGUCCGCUAAUGUUGAUUAGGAACAUUGACCCAUCUAAAGGGCUAUGCAACGGAACAAGGCUACAGAUCACUCAAAUGGCAGAUCAUGUGAUUGAAGCUAGGGUUAUUACAGGUAAUAGAGUUGGAAAGAUAGUUCUUAUUCCUAGGAUGCUAAUCACGCCAUCAGAUGCCAUAUUGCCAUUUAAAAUGAGGCGUAGGCAAUUUCCUUUAGCUGCGGCUUUUGCUAUGACUAUCAACAAGAGUCAAGGGCAGACACUACAACGUGUGGGAAUUUUUCUACCUAGACCAGUUUUCUUACAUGGUCAAUUGUAUGUCGCCAUGUCUAGAGUUCAAAGUAAAACUGGUUUGAAGAUUCUCAUUACCGACAUAGAAGGACGACCACAUCAAACAACAAAGAAUGUUGUUUUUAAAGAAGUCUUCCAAAAUCUUUACUAG